AUGGGCCCAAAGAAGGGAGGCACAAAGAAGGCCGCGCAGACCGCGAAGACCGCGAAGGCGGCGGGGAAGAAACCGCCGGGCCGUCCCAGGAAGGUCAAGGAGCCCGUCCAGGAGGAGGAACCCGCCGAGGACGCUCCCGCUGACGAUGAUCAAGCUGACGACGAGAAGGGCUCGGGCCGAUCCGAGCCCGCCGACGACGCGACCCCGAUGGACGACGCCGAUCCGGUCGAGGCGAAAGCGACCGACGACGACGCCCCCGCGGCGAAGGAGGAUCCUCCCGCGGCGGACGGCGAGGCGGACGACAAAACGAAGGCGGGAGGCGACGAGCCGCACCCCACGAUCGGCACGGUUCCCGACGAGACGGUUCGCUCGUGCCUCCGCAUCGUCGUCCCGAGCGACAAGGCGGGCUACGUCAUCGGCCCGCGCGGCAAGAUCGUCGCGCACGCGCGCAAGGAAUCCGGGUGCGGGUUUCACCUGCAGGAGACGUCCAAGACACACGCCGCGCGCGUCGCGGUGGUGACGUGCGCCGACAAGCGAUCCGAACCCGGAUCCUUCCAGGGCGUUCGCGGCGUCGAGAUGGUCUACCUGCGAUCCACGGAGGAGAUGAUCCCGAAAGACGCCGACCUUAACGAUCCCCCGAUGGGCGCGAGACCGGAGCAGACGCAGACCCAACGCGUACACAUCAUCGUCGCGGCGUCGCAGAUGGAAAAGGCGGACGUGUCCGAACUCGCGACGGGCGCGGGCGCCGACUGCGAGAAGGUCGUCGCGUUGGAAAAGGGUUCCAAAGAUUGCGAGGCGCUUCACGCGGCGUUGGGUUCCAUCGUCUUUCCCACCGAUCGGUUCGUCGAGAUUGUCGGGACGGACGCGGCGGUGCGGGCGGCGCUGACGGUGCUGAUGAUGCGCCUCGACUACCGCGCUAACCCCCCGAUCGCCUCUGAGGAUCCCCUGCUCCUCAUCGACGCCCCCGACGUGAAGGAGGGAUACUUUAGGGAGAAGAAGGAGAAGGACCGGCUGCAACGCGCUCGCGAUUCCCACGGCGCGGGACGCGACGGCCGAGGCCGCCACCACCCUUACGGCGGCGGCGGGCGUGGAGGCGGCGGCGGCGGCAACUACGACAGGGGUCCCCCGCCCCGCGGCAGCGGCGGCGGCGGCGGCGGCGACGAGAUUCGCAUGACGUUUGGCAUCGACGCGCAGUUCGCCGGCGGCGUCAUCGGCAAGAUGGGCUCCAACGUGGGCCAGAUCCGUCGCGAGUCCGGCGCGAGGAUCACCGUCCACGAGUCCCACGGCAAGUUCCGCGUGGUGGCCAUCGAGGGAACCGACCGCCAGUGCCACGACGCCAAGCACCUCGUGCAGCAGGCGGUGACCAAGCAGGGCGGAGGCCCCGUGGGCGCGCACAGGAUCGAGCCAUCCACCGGCCGGGGCGGUCGAGACGGCCGGGGACGCGACACAGCUGUACAUCGCGACCCCGUCGUACGCGGCGGCGCAGCCGGCGGCGGGAGCUACUACGACCAGUACGAUCGACGCGGCCGCGGGGAUCGGGGAUACGAUCGCGGGGGAUACGAUCGCGGGGGAUACGAUCGCGGGGGAUACGAUCGCGGGGGAUACGAUCGCGGGGGAUACGAUCGCGGCGGCGGGUACGGUCGAGACGCUUACUACGACGCCCAGGGGCCGGGGUCGGCGUAUGCGGACAGGUCCUCCUACCCCGACCGCGGCGGGUACGGCGGCGGCGGGAGGGACGCCCCUCACUACGACGAGCGCGACACGCACCGGCAGUGGCUCGGCGGUGACCGCGACGGCGGCUACAACAACUACCAGGGCGUGCAGCAGUCCCACCAGCAGCAGCAGGGUUGGGCCGGCCAGAACCAGCAGUGGGGCGGCUCCAACCAGCAGCAGUCCUACAACAAUCAGCAGCCCUCCUAUCACGGUCAGCAGCAGUCCUACGACCAGGGGGGCGGAUACAACAACAAUCAGCAGGGCGGCGGCAAUGACUACUACAACCGCGGUCAGCAGCAGUCAGGCUACGGCAACCAGGGGGGUCAGUACGACCAGCAGGGCGACUAUUACAGCCGGGGCCAGCAGUGGGGCGGGUCCAGAUACUAA